AUCAACUUGAAAAUUUUCGACAAUAUUCUAGGGGUGUUGUAGAAUUUAAUAAGACUUUAAUACGAUUUUUUGUAACCCGUAAACCCAUGUGACACGCUAAUAUUUCUAUCAAUAUAUCAAGUUUUCAACAAUCCUGAGUAGGUAUAAAUGUGGUUAAAGAAACCUUCCUUAUCGAUCUUUUCCAACAAUUCUUAAACAGCACUUUAACUGCCGUCAUAACAGCUCAGAUUUAAUCAGUUAUUCAUUUCAGUAAAAAUGUGUUUUUUUUUUUAUUCAAAAUAUCAUUCAAGAACAAUACAAUACCUUCAACACUCACUUGAGUACACCACUCAUGAUCCGUAAGUAUAUGUAUACACGAUUUCGCGAAUUGUUAAGUACUCGUCCAAUCCUUGUUGUAUCCACAGCUUCAGAUGAGUGCAAUAAACAGACCAAAUGACUUGMUAGUGAGACUAAAUAUAACUAAACUUAAUAAUAAAAGUAACUAAAUAACAAAAAUCAUACGUGAGUUAAAAAAUAAUAAUUAAAAAUWCAAAAAUUAYGACUACAAGAAACUUCAGUGUUCCGUCGAUGAUUCCGUGAUUAAUUCCAUUUGUUUGUGCGCGCUGCGACUGGCCUUCGUGAACGAAAUCGUACGAAAUGAAAUCUCAGCAUCAAUAAACAAUACUUUCCUAAGUGCAAGCCUAGUGACUAUAACGAAAAAACAAAAAAAAAAAAAUCGUGUCCGCUCUAAAGAAAAUUUGAUUACAUCGCUGCUUUCGCUUAUCCACACAAUGUUGACAAUGGAGGAUGACAACAGCGAAACAUGGAUGUAUUCAAAAUAGAUUUGGAACAGUCGCAUAUCCAUUCGAGUCUCGUUGAAAGCCACAACAGCACGAAUAACAGUAGCCAAACACAUAAUCUAUAUACGCCCGGCGGCAUAGCCGGUGGCGCCGACAAUCGCGAACCGCAACACACCACCCACCAACAUCACCACAACCAYAAUCACCAUAACCUACACCAAAUCGAACAACGUCCACAGCAACAACAACUGCWUCACCAACAGCAGCAACAACUUUAUAAUAGCAUAGAUGCGAACGGCGACGAUUGCGACGAUGAAGACGAUCCCUUGCCCGAAGUGAGUUUUGAUGCCAAUUCCGAUUUCAAUUUGCACUUCUUCGACACGCCCGACGAUUCGUCGACGCAGGGCGCYUUCAGUGACGCUGGUUCGCUUGAAUCCGAUGCUUAUGCCACCAGUUCACCACCCACACCACCACCAACAACACAAAUACAUGCGCUAAGCGGUGCAGAGACCCUAAGUGAGGAGUCCACCGCGGUAACCGCUUCAGCGGCGGCAGCAGCAGCACAAUUACACAUCGCAGAUACGAUAAAUUCCCAUUGCAAUWCAACUGCGGAAGUUAGCGAAUCGCUGAAAUUGCUGACAGAUGAUUGCACGUCCUUUUAUCAUCAGCAACAAUCAACGGUCACACUAAAUGGUGGCACUCCAUCUUUAGGUAUACCGUCUAAUUGCGUCGCUUAUUUGGGCUCGACGAACAAUAACACUACUACAACAACUGCGCAAUCCAUCAACGGCGUUGSUAUCGCUUGCAAUACUGGCAAUUCAUCGUCAUCAACCGCGUCCACACCGGCUUCGUCCGKUUCGUCGUCGUCCACAGCUUCAUCCACAUCGCCAAUAGCAACGAGUAACGGCAGUGUAGCGGCCGCUACAGCCGCACAUAUCAUUGCGCUCGGCAAUGGUGGAGGUACAUUGUACUCCAACAGCGGUCUCCAUUCAUUCUGUCAAUCGCAUUCAUCGUCCUCAUCCGGCUGCUCUUCAAAUUCGUCUGCCGGCAGCAGUUGUAGCCACAACGGCAACACCAACGGCAGUGGACACCACAUUGGACGUAGUAACGGAGCCACCAUAUCAUCGUUGGUUGCUGAGCAUUGUCUUGGGGAGCGCCAUCAUACAGCAGCAACAGCAACAGCAGCGUCAGCGUCAGCAACAAUCAACCCAUCGAACGCGUGCGUCGCAAUCACCAACUCUACAUUGGCUAAUGUAAAACAUUCGCAUGAUCAGCAAUUUGCCAUAGCGGACUCCAAUUCCAACAGCGUUACGAAAUCAUUUGUGCCGUGCAAAGUUUGUGGCGACAAGGCGUCCGGCUACCAUUAUGGUGUAACCUCGUGCGAGGGUUGUAAGGGUUUCUUUCGUCGCAGCAUACAAAAACAAAUCGAGUAUCGUUGCCUGCGUGAUGGUAAAUGUCUGGUGAUACGUUUGAAUCGAAAUCGUUGCCAAUAUUGUCGCUUUAAGAAAUGCCUCUCGGCGGGCAUGAGUCGAGACUCUGUACGUUAUGGUCGCGUACCGAAACGUUCACGUGAGCUGAAUGGCACACCUUCGUCCACGGAUGAUCCGAACGUCAUUGUGCGUGUGAAUACACCGAAUACACCACAAACGCCACAAAUGUGUUCAGUCGCCUCGUCACCCUCCGAAUUGGGCUGUACGGGCCAAAGUAGCGUCGCCAACACAGCCAACACACCGGGACCGGGCGGUGUUGGUGGCAUGGGUGUGGGCGUCAAUAUGAGCGUCAGCGUAGGUGCCGGCGGYGCUGGCGGCAUGAUGGGACAAUGCGGCAAUGUUAGCGUCGGUGUCGGCGGUAUGAGUGUGGUCGGUAACGGUGGCAGUGUUGGUGGUGGUGGUGGCGGCGUCGUCGGUAAUGUUGGCAUUACCAGCGUCGACAAUAACGGUUGCGGUGUUGUCGAUAUGCAAGGCCCUACCGCCGAACUGACCGUUUACGAUGUGAUUAUGUGCGUCUCACAGGCGCAUCGCAUGCACUGCUCAUACACGGAAGAGCAGACACGCGAACUGAUGCGGCGACCGGUGGCGGUGCCGCAGAAUGGAGUAAGUACAUGCUAUAUUGCCACUUCAGUAUCGGAGACAAUGGAAUUUCAGAAAAUUUGGCUGUGGCAACAGUAUGCGGGGCGCGUCACGCCCGGCGUGCAACGUAUCGUUGAAUUCGCGAAGCGUGUACCAGGYUUUUGUGAUUUUACACAAGACGAUCAGCUGAUACUCAUCAAAUUGGGCUUCUUCGAGGUGUGGCUCAGCCAUGUGGCACGUAUGAUCAAUGAUGCAACGUUGACAUUCGACGAUGGCACUUAUCUGACACGACAACAACUGGAAAUUCUUUAUGAUAACGACUUCGUCAUCUCGCUAGUGAAUUUCGCCAACACCCUCAACAGUUACGGUUUAAGCGAUACCGAAAUCGGUCUCUUCUCCGCCAUGGUAUUGCUCGCCUCCGAUCGUUCCGGCCUCGCUGAACCGAAAAUGAUUUCACGAUCACGCGAACGCGUCGCCGAAGCACUGCGCGUACAACUCGUCCGCUCACGUGCCGGCUCCACACAAGCGCUACAACUGAUGCCAGCACUCGAGGCUAAAAUACCCGAAUUACGUUCGUUGGGCGCCAAGCAUUUCUCACAUUUAGACUGGUUACGAAUGAAUUGGACCAAACUGCGAUUGCCACCACUCUUCGCCGAGAUUUUCGAUAUACCCAAGACAGAGGAUGAUCUGUGAAGGACAAACGAAUAGACUGUGACGCAAGAUAAUCCAAAAGUGAAAAGAGAAAACAUACACGAAGCAUAAUAAGGUUAAAUGUAAUGAAACUGAAAUUGCCGCAAAAGACGAAAAUACAUAAAGAGCGAAGUGGAGGAAGGAAAGCGAAAGAGAAAAGAAAGGGACAGCAAAGUAUAAGCUUUUGUGUGUAGAGGCACUGUGGGCCUAUGGGGGCGCAAUGAAACAAACACACAGUUUGCAAAAAGAGAUUUAUGUAUGUGAAAAUGAGAAGAGAAACAACAACAACAAAUAACAAUAUGAUUACUAUACGUUUUCUAAACCUAGCGUGAAUAGUUCUUAAGCAACAGAAAA